CAGGUGAGGCGUUGGGGAAGCCGCCCGCCUUCCUUGGCUGCCCGUCCAGGAAGGAAGGAAAGAAGGAAGGAAAGAAAGAGAGAAGAGAGCAGAAACAGACGGGGGGAAACUGUCCCCGCGGAUCGCAGCCCCCCCUCCCCAGCGCCUGUCCCCCGAUGGCGCCAGACGACGGGACCGAAUGGCUGCUGCAGCUGCUGAGCAAAAUCCAACUGGAGCAGUUUUACCCCAGGAUCCGAGACGAGCUUCACGUCACCCGCCCGAGCCAUUUCGACUACGUCAAGCCCCUCGACCUGGACCGCAUCGGCCUGGGGCGCCCAGGUCAGCGGCGGCUCGAAGAGGCCUUGAAACACCGGAAGGGUCAAAGCCAGCGCCCCAAGUCCUGGGUCUAUAAGGUGA